AUGUCUUCUCGUAGGACACGUCACAACACAGUCCCUCGUCGGCGAUCUCGAAAUGACGACAGCGAUGACGAUUCUGAACCCACGGACUCGUCUCCGGCAUCGAGCAGCAAGCGUCCGCGCCUAAGCCCCGCCGAGGAAGAAACAGGAACAGAUGACGACGAAGAUGCUCAAACUGAUGCGACUGAAACCCCUGGGGACUUGAGCCAGCACCCGGCCGGGCGUCCGACCGUUCACCGUGAGGUUGGUCCGGGUGGCUUCAAACCCGGGGCAAUCGUUCGGAUCAAGGUCAUAAAUUUCGUGACUUACAUGUCCGCCGAAUUUUACCCGGGUCCAAAGCUGAACAUGGUCAUCGGGCCGAAUGGCACAGGCAAGAGUACUUUGGUCUGCGCCAUCUGUUUGGGUCUUGGAUGGGGCCCUCAGCAUCUCGGACGAGCGAAAGAUCUUGGCGAGUUUGUCAAACAUGGCUGCGCUGAAGCGACAAUCGAAAUCGAGCUCGCAGGCCAACCGAAGCUAUCCACCAAUCCCGUCAUCUGUCGAACCAUCAAACGCGAUGGAAACAAGAGCUCCUUUACUGUCAAUGGACGUAAUGCUAGCCCGAAACAGGUAUCGCACCUUGUGCAGUCAUUUGCCAUCCAAGUGGACAAUCUCUGCCAGUUUCUUCCUCAAGACAAAGUCGCCGAAUUUGCCGCCCUUACUCCUGUCGAGCUUCUAUAUUCCACCCAGAGAGCUGCAGCUGAACCGGAAAUGACCGUGUGGCAUAAGAAUCUCAAGGAUCUACGAGCCAAGCAAAAGCAACUCGAACUUGAGAAUCGGGGCGACAAUGAGACUUUAGCGAACCUGAAAGACCGGCAUGAACAGCAACGAGCAGAGGUCGAGAACAUGCGCUUGAUGGCUGUUGCUCAGCAGAAGAUGGAGCUUCUGGAAUUCUGCCGUCCGCUUGUGGAGUAUAGAGAGUACCAUAGGCAGUUCGAGGAGAUCAAGGAGAGGAAAGCUCGAGUUGAACGAGAGCAUGAGCAACUCAAGGCUGACUUAGAACCCGCCAUGCGCGCAGUCACUGCCAAGCAACGCUAUCUCGACCAAAUCGACCUUGCUCGCGACCACCGCAAACAACGAACUCAGCAAUUAUCCGAUGCAGCGUCCGCAAGCGCACGAAAGGUCGAGGAAUUGCAGAAUACAAUCAAGGACCUCAACGGUCGGAUUGAGGCCGAGCGGAAAACCGGUCAAAAGCACAAAGUUGAGGCCACUGCGGCACAACAAAAUUUGAACAAACUCAGGCGUCAGCAGGAGGAAGAGGCCGUGGAGUUUGAUCCUGAUUACUACAAUGAACAGCUGAGAGAAAAACGAAACGUGAAGCGUGAGCUUGAGGCAAAAGCCUUGGAUCUCAGGAAUAGACGAUUGCCGCUUCACGAACGACAUGUCGAGCUGAAGAACCUCAUCACCGAAGCCGAGAGAGAAAUGAAGAACCUGGAUUCCCAACUUGGUCAGCAAGAAGCCAGGCUGCAGAAGCUAUCCCCAGAGACAUUUAAAGCCCAUCGUUGGGUUGUGCAAAAUCAGGACAAAUUCGAGAAAGAAGUUUUCGGUCCUCCAGCUGUUACUUGCUCAAUCACAGAUCCCAAGUAUGCUGAUGCUAUCGAAUCUCUUUUCCAAAGGAACGAUUUUCUCGCGUUUACUGCUCAAACCAGAAAUGAUUUCCGUACCCUACAACAAGCGCUGAACGGACAACUGAAACUCCACGACAUCACCAUCAAGACGAGCCCCUCCCUUGACAACCCCAGGCUGCGGUCCCCAAUAUCGAACGAGGAGCUUCGACAGCUUGGAUUCGAUGGGUGGGCCAGGGACUUUAUCAAUGGACCCGAUCCCGUUAUCGCUUCCCUUUGCUUGGAGAAUCGCUUCAGCCACACGCCGAUCAGCCUGAAUCAAUUCUCGGGCGAACACACACAGGUCAAUGAGAUGCGAAAAAAACAAAUUAACUCGUUUGUCUCUGGGCCAGAGACUUAUCAAAUCACCUACCGUGCGGAGUACGACGCUUCUUCAACUCGCGUCCGGCAGGUCCGACCUGCUCGAAUCUGGACAUCACAGCCUGUCGAUGCAUCUCUGAAAGAACAGCACCGCCAGAACAUUGAGUCCUGGAAUCAGCAAAGGGAGGGCAUCGAAGAGCAGAUUCAGGCAGAGCGAAACGCUAUGGAGGCGUUGAAGAAAUCAAACCAAGAGAAUGAACAAGAAAUGACAACGAUUGAGGACGAAAAGGCUGCGAAGCAGAGUGCCUAUACACAGUUCCGAGCUAUCCCUGAAAAGAUCGCCCAGCAAGAAGCCAAACUGAAGAGCUUCCAAGAGCUCUUCAUACAAGUGAGAGAUCGCGUAGGCGCAAUUCGGGACCAGCAAGAUGAACUCUCCAUCAAGAGGGCUGAGGCAACACUCGACUACGCCGACGCUGCUGAGAUGCUUCGACAAGCUUUUGAGGAGCUUGUCAAAGCCGAGAUCCGCCAUCUGGAAGCCAGUUCAGAUCUGAAGACUCUUAAGAACCAACAUAGGGAUCGCACACAAAUGCUGGAGCAGAAAUCCCAGGAAGUAAAGCAGGUCCUGAAUGAGUUCAGGGAACGCCGUGAAAGGGGGCGAUCCAUGAUGAGGCGGGCUAAACAGACCAAGGAAGAAGCCGAACAGCGACCCGACAGUCAGGAGGUCCUUGGAAUGAUCAAUGAUCCCAAUUAUUUCUUGGAUAAUCUCAACGCCGACAUCGACUCCCAACAAGCACAGGUUCGAUUGUUUGUGGGUGGCAACAGCAACAUUAUUAAGAUCUUCGAGGAUCGAGAAAAACAGAUCGAGAGACUGGAGACCAAACUGGGUGACUUCCGGAGUAAGUUGGCCGAGUUUGAUGCUGCCAUCAAGGAGGUUCGGGACCGGUGGGAGCCCAGGCUGGAUGCACUUAUUGCCAGGAUCAGCGAUGCUUUCGGCGACUCGUUCGCGCGCAUCGGCUGUGCUGGACAAGUCAGCCUGGACAAAGUGGAAGGCGAGCCGGGUCCGAACGGCGAGCCUGGCAGCAGCGAGUUCGACCAAUGGUCCAUCCAGAUCCACGUCAAGUUCCGUGAACAUGAGCAGCUCUCGAUCCUGGAUUCCCAUCGCCAGUCCGGUGGUGAACGCGCCGUCAGCACGAUCUUCUACCUCAUGGCGCUCCAGUCACUCUCCGCCUCGCCCUUCCGUGUCGUCGACGAGAUCAAUCAGGGUAUGGAUCCGCGUAACGAGCGCAUGGUCCAUGGUCGCUUGGUGGAUAUCGCCUGCGACCCCGGCGACGACGGAGCCACCGACGAGAGCGGCAAUCCUCUUGGCGGCGGUGGAGGUGGCCAAUACUUCUUGAUCACGCCCAAGCUCCUGAGCGGACUGUCGUACAAGCCGGGUAUGAGGGUGCUCUGUAUCUACAGCGGCGAGCAUAUGCCGGAGGAAUACACCAAGCUGGAUUUCGGCCGUGCAAUUCGUAAGAUGAAGGCGAUCAAUCGGCAACGGGAAGCCGGCACAGGCAAAUCGCAGGCGGUUGGGAAUCGUUCUCAGAUCGACGUCUACGGCUAA